AUGCCUGCAGCCGUGCUGCUUCAGGAGAAGCUGUCGGCCCCAGAGAGCUGCUCGCAGCUGGGGAAGAUGACUUCGGCCGAGAAACUGCCAUCAAAUCCGAACACUGAGCAAAACCAGUCUCCUCACCUGCCUCUCUGCGCAAAUCCUGGCAAUCCGGUGUUUUCCUGUAUGCUGGACCCCAAAACACUCAUGAUCAAUGGUUCUUUGACAAAGCCCCAGGUUUUACUGUUUAAAACAACGUCAAGUGAAUACGGUGCUAUACCACCUGUCUCACAGAUGGUACCCUGCACUUAUCAUCCAGUGGAUCAAACCUUUUCAAAUCACUUACUCACUUGUGGGUCAUUUCAAGAUAGUUCUUUAAACACUACCAUUGACAGAAGUAGGGUAUAUGACUACCCCAAUUUACAGCAUACUCUGUAA